CACUUUUCCAGGAAAAAUAAAUUUAAAUUAAACAUACCGAGAUAUCAGUAAUCAAUAUACAUAAGCUGAUAGAUAAAUAAUCAUCCGUGUUGAUUUUUUAUCUGCAGAAAAUCCUACUCCGUAAACUACAUUAAAAAAAAAAAAUUAGUCACGUGUACAGAGGCAUCAAAUCAUCAAGUUAUUUUUCUAUUUCAUCACCUGGAGCUUUGUCAAAGUAAAAUAAAAAAUUAUAAACUAUAUUUUAUGGUAACAAUGAGUACAUUGGAAUUGAAACAAUGUCUUACGGGUCACAGAGGUAGAGUUUGGAAUGUUUGCUGGCAUCCAAAGGGUAAUGUACUUGCAUCGUGUGGUGAGGAUAAGACAAUUAGAAUAUGGGGUAUGGAGGGACAAAAAUGGACAAUGAAAAUGAUACUGGCUGAAGGACAUACGCGGACAAUACGCGAAAUAUCAUGGUCGCCGUGUGGUAAAUUCAUUGCAUCAGCGAGUUUUGAUGCUACAACAGCGAUAUGGGAGCAAAAGUCUGGACAAUUUGAGUGUAAUGUUACACUAGAGGGUCAUGAAAAUGAAGUCAAAAGUGUCAGCUGGUCUAAUAGUGGUCAGUUGAUAGCCACCUGCAGUAGAGAUAAAUCCGUUUGGAUUUGGGAGUGUGAUAAUCAUGAGUAUGAGUGCGCUUCUGUUAUCAAUGCUCAUAGUCAAGAUGUUAAGAAGGUUCGUUGGCACCCACAUGAAGACAUCGUUGCCUCAGCUAGUUACGACAAUACCGCAAAAUUAUUCAAAGAAGAUCCAGCAGACAACGAUUGGUUUUGCUUUGCCACUUUAUCUUCGCACACAUCAACAGUUUGGAGUCUAUCAUUCGAUUCAACUGGUACACGUCUAGUGACAGCCAGCGAUGAUCAGACUAUUAAAAUUUGGCAAGAAUAUAAGCCAGACAAUAGUGCUGGUAUCCCAACACCUGAUAAUAAUCCCGUGUGGAAGUGUGUAUGUACACUAUCGGGCUAUCAUACCAGGACAGUUUAUGAUGUUGACUGGUGUAAAAAAACAGGUUUAAUAGUAACAGCCUGCGGUGACGAUACAAUAAGAAUAUUUCGGGAAGAAAGUGAUUCAGAUAUUAAUCAACCGACGUUCAAUUUGAUAUGUUCUCAUGAUACGGCUCACACGCAGGAUGUUAAUUCUGUCCAAUGGAAUCCAGUAGUUGCUGGCCAGCUCGCCUCCGCUGGUGAUGAUGGCAAAAUUCAAAUAUGGUUUCACAGCGACUAAAAUUAACUUUUUUUAAUUAACAAUUUAAAUUAAUAAUCAGAAAAAAAUGUACAGAUAUUAAUUAAUAUAAGAUGAAAUUUUAUUAAUUAAAAAAUUUUUUUCUUACAUUCCAUCCCCUUAAUUUUUAAUUUGAUAAGUUGUGAUAUAUUUAUUUUUAAUUAUUAA